CAUGUGGAAGCAAUCCAAAUUUCCUGACACCUUCCCUGAAGGCGUGUGGAAGCAAUCCAAAUACCGUGGAAGUGUGGAUCAUAUGUAUAUAUAGAGAGCUAACUAAUCCUCUAUUUCCAUCAUCCUUUCUUUCCAUUUUCAUUAUAUUUUAGCAAGAAUCCUACAAGAGCAGAGAGUAUGGAUGAAUUUGACAUUGAGGCGCAAAGCACAUCAGAUGGGUUGACUCAAAGGAUCUCAAGUGAUAGCUCCAAUGUUGGUGUACCUUAUUCGUCGGAAACUGGGAAUUCUUUUUCCAUUAAUGCUCGAGAAGAUAUGCAAAACCGUGUGGAUGCCUUGAAUCAAAGGGAUAUGAUCGUGGAAAGGAUUUUGCUCAUCGCAAAUUUCGUAGUGGCGCUUCCACCGGCUGUUUUUGAUCAGCUAUCUUUAGUGCACAAGCCCCAAUAUGCACUGGUUAUCAUGUUAAUGUCCUUGGCAACCAUGUUGUUCUCCAUCAUUGAUCUUGCUCGCAAGGGUCGAAGAGAUAGAGUUGAAUGGAUGAGGAGAGAUUAUUUACCUUGGUUUUACUCCCCGGAUCGAAAUUACAAGCCUCUGGGGACAUUUUCAGACAUUGUUGGAUUAGUCUGUGGCAUCUUCCAAUUGGUUUUUGCAACAAUAACUUACGCCUUUCUGUCUCAGCACCAUGAUAAUCCAAUCAAAUUAUCAGUUUGGCCUAUAAUCUUUGCCUUUGGGGUGCUGUGUUCCAGAUUUCCAAGGAAUCCACGCACAAGAGUUGAUUCAAUGAUCGUGGAAAGGAUUUUGCUCAUCGCAAAUUUCGUAGUGGAGCUUCCACCGGCUGUUUUUGAUCAGCUAUCUUUAGUGCACAAGCCCCAAUAUGCACUGGUUAUCAUGUUAAUGUCCUUGGCAACCAUGUUGUUCUCCAUCAUUGAUCUUGCUCGCAAGGGUCGAAGAGAUAGAGUUGAAUGGAUGAUGAGAGGUUAUUUACCUUGGUUUUGCUCCCCGCGUCGAAAUUACAAGCAUCUGGUGACAUUUUCAGACAUUGUUGGAUUAGUCUGUGGCAUCUUCCAAUUGGUUUUUGCAACAAUAAAUUAUGCCUUUCUGUCUCAGCACUAUGAUAAUCCAAUAAAAUUAUCAGUUUGGCCUAUAAUCUUUGCCUUCGGGGUGUUGUGUUCCAGAUUUCCAAGGAAUAGAGUUGAUUCAAUUUCAAAGCAGAAUUUUGAUCCUGUGCCAAUAUUGCCUUCGCGGGCGCCAAUUUUGAAGGAAAUAAUGGAUUCACUGAGAGAUCCUAAUAUUAACAUCCUUGGUGUUUGUGGGAUGGGCGGGGUGGGUAAGACCACCCUAGUAAAGGAGGUCGUUAGACAAGCCCAAUUAGAGUAUCUAUUUGAUGAUGUGAUUUUUGUUACUGUAUCAGAAACGCCAAAGAUCAGAGGAAUUCAAGCGGAUGUUGCUGAAUUCUUGAGCCUUCGUCUUCAUGAGGAGGAAAUAUUCCUAAGAGCAAAUCGACUACGUGAGAGGUUGAAGAAAGAGAAGAGGAUACUUAUCAUUCUUGAUGAUAUCUGGACAACACUUCAAUUAGAGGAAGUGGGAAUUCCAUUUGGGGCUGAUUGCAAGGGAUGCAAAAUAUUAUUAACUUCAAGGGGAAGAGAUGUGUGCCAUGGGAUGGGUGCGCAGAAAGUGUUUCCACUUGAAGUCCUUUCAAAAGAAGAGGCAUUGAAUUUGUUUGAAAUCACUGCAUCUGUUUCCGAAGAACCGUACUUGCGUCGUAUAGCGACUGAAAUUGUAGAAAAAUGUGCAGGAUUGCCCAUUGCCAUAGUCAAAGCUGGUAGAUCUUUGCGAAAUAAGAGGCCAAAUGUGUGGGUAGACAAGCUGAAGGAACUAAGGACGUAUGGUGAAGAAAUGGAGGAAAUGGUACCCUUGGUCUCGAGUUUAAGGCGACAACAAUUUGCUCGCAGUGAACUCAGCUUAAGGGGAGCUUCGCCCACUCAAGGGACGAGUUCAAUGGGCGGUGAAACUCAAGGGACUUGACAUUGACCUCAUUCAAUAGUACUUCUCUUCUUGAGAAUAUGCCUCUCUAUUUGUUUAGGGCGAAAAGAUUGAAACCCAGAUUGUGAAACUUAGGAUGCAUCCUUUUUGUUUCCAAAAAAAAAAAAAAAAAAAUCAUAUUUGAAGAUUUUGCAGGAUGCAUGGGUUUGGAAAGAAGCAUAUGAGAGCAACUGCGAGUAUCUUUGAAUUCUUGUUGCAUUAAUGGAUUCUACAUUUCUGGAGAAUGCAGCUGUGCUCUGAGUUCAGUUCCAUUGCAUAAA